CUAAGGUCUAAGUGUGACGUGGAUCAGGAAGCGGCUCUGGCUAGAAAGCUCAGUGAGAGACGCAGCACAUAGGGCGAGAGCAGGAAGAUGUCGCGCACAGGAAAAUCGGGGAACUUGAGAGAACUUCUGGAUGGAAAUGAACUGGACUUAAGUCUAAGUGACAUGAGUGAGAUCCCAGUUCGAGAGCUGGCUGCGCUCCCAAAGGCCACAGUGCUGGAUCUGUCAUGUAACAAGCUGACAUCGCUACCGGGAGAGUUCUGCUCUCUGACUCAUAUUGUACGUCUGGAUCUCAGUAAGAAUCAGCUGCUGCAACUGCCUCCGGAAUUUGGCCGACUUGUAAAUCUGCAACACCUGGACCUGCUGCAGAACCGACUGACAGCAUUGCCCGUCACCUUUGCUCAGCUGCCGAACCUGAAGUGGUUGGACCUGAAGGACAAUCCCCUUAACCCAGCACUGGCCAAGGUGGCUGGUGAUUGUUUGGAUGAAAAGCAAUGUAAAGAGUGUGCCCAGAAGGUUUUAGAGUACAUGAAAGUCAUUCUGGCCGACCAUGACAAAGAGAUUCAGCGAAAGCUUAUGCAGGAGCAAGCACAGAAGCAAAAACGUGAGGCUGAGCAGCGACAAAAAGAGGAGAGAGAUAGAGAACGACGACGGAGGGAGAAGGCUCAACAGAAGGAGCGCAAGAGGCGGGACUACCAAGCUCUUCAGGCAGCUCAGAAAGAGCGCAACAAGAAAACAGAGCGACAGAAGUCUGAAAAACAAAAGUCAUCUUCUGCCCCAGAUAAGAAGAGAAAACCUCUCAAGCGUUCCUGGCUACGUGUUUUCUUCGGGUUCAUACUGUUCACAUUUAUGGUUGCUGCUGGGAGUCUGGCAGUUUGUCAGUGGACAGAGUUGAAGACACAGGACGUUUGCACAAACCUGAAUACAUUGUAUGAGACCACGGUGAACACUAUACGCAGCCACCACAUUCUUGAAACGGUUUUACGCCCCCCUGCCCCUCAACAGUGAAUGGGGGGGGUCCAAUUUUAUAGGGGUGGGGGUUUGUGGACUGUCACCUGUUUAAGAGUCUGAUCUGCAGCGAUCCCUUGCGUACAAGUGGUCACUACACAUUUCCUACCCCUCUACAUCUUAAGGGGAGAAAGUAAUUUUUUAUCAUUUUAUUUUUACCAGCUGCCUCCAUCGGUUUCUGUAUAUUCUGCUUUGCAUGGAAGAAACGGUCACCAGGUUUGUAAAGAUUAUUCACCGCCCUGUAAUGUGGGUAUGUGGCUUGUCCUUUGGAUGAGGCUGGCAGAGCUGUGCUCUCACCUCAUAUAUUUUUGUACAUUUUGUUACGUCAAGACUCAUUGGCUUUACAAUAAAGUAUCACACUGAGCCAACAGCCACAGCUACUGUCCCACAGAGUAUUACUGGAAACUUUCAGUCAUUGCUAAAUAUUACAACAGCAACAACUAAAAUCUGUGUCAUACUUUUUGUCCAGCUGUAAUAUAAAUUGUGAAUAUUUACACAGAGCAUCUGUAUCGUUGUUAAAAAUAAUGCAGGCCUUAAAGGGCCACUAAACCCAAAAUCUUUCUUUCAUGAUUCAGAUAGAGAAUACAAAUUUAAACAACAUUACAAUUUACUUCUAUUAUUUAUUUUGCUUCAUUUUUUAGAUAUCCUUAGUUGAAGAAAAAGCAAUGCACAUGGGUGAGCCAAUCACACGAGGCUUCUAUGUGCAGCAACCAAUCAGCAGUUACUGAGCAUAUCUAGAUAUGCUUUUCAGCAAAGAAUAUCAAGAGAAUAAAACAAAUGAGAUAAUAGAAGUAAAUUAGAAAAAUGUUUAAAAUUGCAUUCUCUUUCUAAAUCAUGAAAGAAAAAAUGUGGGUUUCAUGUCCCUUUAAGUAUCACCACUCAAUAAAUCACUGAGUCUGAGACGACUUACAAGCUAGACAGUUGACACUUUGAGCAAAGCAAAAACAUAAAAAAAAAUUCCACUUACCUAGUAGUAACAAUAAAAAAAAUCUCUUAAAUGGAUAUUACGUAAAAAAAUGUUCUCCUGUGUUACUAACAGGAAAAGUAUUCUCAUGCAUGGCUUAUGCCUAGGGGCAGAUUAUUCCCAGUCUGAUAAGGGCAGUACUUGCCCCUUUUGCUAGACUUGGGCUCACCACCUUAAACAAAAAUAAGGAUUAAACUUAAAGGGACAUGAAACCCAACUUUUUUUUUUCUUUCAUGAUUCAGAUAGAGCAUACCAUUUUCAACAACUUUCCAAUUUACUUCUAAUACCAAUUGUGCCUCAUUCCUUUUGUAUCCUUUAUUGAUAUUGAUAUGAGCUAGCUGAUCACAUGCUAAGCCAAUGAGAGGUAUAUAUGUGCAACCACCAAUCAUGGCUUCUGAGCCUACCUAGGUAUGCUUUUCUACAUAGGAUACCAAAAGAACAAAGCAAAUUAGAUAACAGAAGUAAAUUGGAAAGUUGUUAAAAAUUGUAGGCUCUGAAUCAUGAAUAUUUGGGGUUUAAUGUACCUUUAAUUUAAUGUUUCUUUUGAAAGAUUUUAUUUGUUACUACCAGUUAUAUUUACUGAAAUAUAAUCAGCGCUAUGGCUACCGUGUGUAGUUGAUAGUCUAAAUGUUUUUUUGUUUUGUUGCGGAAAGAGAAAAAUAUUUGUAAUUGUAGCAAUUUAUAUCCCUUUGCCCCAGAUGUGCUAUUAAAUUUGUUUUAAUGGUUGAUUAAAUGGACAUUCAUAUGUUUUCUUAACUCUGCCCAUGCUGAAUAAACAUACUUUUUUGGAAAGCUUGUAAA